GUCAGAAGUUGCGGGGGAAGGCUUGGGAAGGGCAGAGUCAGGUGGGAGAAUAAAGAGCCAGAGGGAGAGUUAUGGGGCCCAAGGCCAGGGUGGGGGCACCCCGGGUUCACACUCCCCAGCCACGUACAACCCUCGGCGCCUGUGUCUUUAGCUGGAAGACCGUGGAAUCUGCUUCUCAGGAAUGGUCCCAGUGAAUGCGGCCCCUGGAGGGUGGAGAGUGAAGCUGAGCAACCCGCUGGGGAAGCGAGGUGUCCACAGGUGCUACUAGCCUGUGUCAGGAAGUAAGCAUGUGGAGGACUGACUGACUUGGGAAAAAAGUCUGUUCAUAUUAUUAGGUCACUCGGGCUGUGCAGGUCACUCUCCACCCAGAAGCAUGUGCUGACUUCUACCUUAAAAGGUCAGCAUCUGGGCAUGUCACCCAGUGGGCAACCAUGGGCCUUCCUCCGGGAGAGCUGAAGCCCUGAGUGGGGGUGGUGGGGGGGGCUAGAAUCUUCUGGGUCUCCGUGGUGGAAUAGCUGGGAUGGUCAUGUCACCAUUCCCACAUUGUGGGUUGUUUGGUGAGGAUUAGAUUAGAUUAGAUUAGAUUCCGUGCCAAGGAAUGCUCAUAACAAGGCCAGUGUUCCCUGCUCGGAGCCCGGGAGCUCUGCCUUCUGCAGGUACUGCCCAGGCGCCCUGCUCAGUGCUGGGCCAGUGGACAGAGGCCGCAUUGCCCUUCCUGUCACCGAAGUGCCCCUUGUCCAGCUCCGUGUUUAUCGUGUGUGGCGGCAGCAUCCUGCUCUGUGUUCAUGAAUCAUCUGCCCCGCCCCCACCCCCCAGAACCACAGGCCAGGAAGUCAGGGCUUCUUAAUCCACUCUGACACGCCAUGUCCCGGCCUCAGGAAUGGUGCCUGGCUUGUGGUGCGCUUGGCAAAUAUUGGGUAAGGGAAACUUCUGGGCCAGAACAGAGGUCAGACAGACCUCAAAUAAGAACUUGCAUAUUGUUAGAACGACUUUGAAGGAAACAAAACAGGGUCACACAAGAGAGAAGGGAUUGUGUUGCCCAGCAGGGUCACAGGAGGGAGGCUAAGGGAGCAGUGUUGCCUGGCCAGGCUGCUCCUCCUGAAAGGCCAUGGAUCCUACUGGAACCCACAGCUCGCUGCUGGGAGAGGGGGAGGGGUGUUUGCCCGUUGCCAGGCACCCGGGUUCUAUCCAGGCAUUUGGCGCCGCCAUGCUGCUCGCACCAUCCUUCCUGCUACUGCUGCCGCUGCUGGCCAUGCCAGCUCCCUCCCAGGCCUGGUCUCGGCCCCUGUGGUACCAGGUGGGGCUGGAUCUUCAGCCCUGGGGAUGCCAGCCCAACAGCCUGGAAGGUUGCGGGGGUAGCCUGGGCUGUGCCGGCCACUGGAUGGGCCUGGGGAUGAACCGCCUCUACCCCGUGGCUGGGGUCACCAUCACCACCACCAUGAUGCUGAUGAUGGGCCGCGCGGUGCUGCAGCGGCGGCGCGCUCAGGCCACCAAGUCCGAGCAUCCACAGGUGACCACUAGCCCGAGUGGACCCUGGAAACGGCGGACCCCCAUCUCAGACCGCGCCCUGCUCCUUGGGGUCCUGCACAUGUUGGAUUCCCUCCUGGUCCAUAUUGAGGGCCACCUGCAGCGUAUAUCCACCCAACAGAAGACCCCAAUAAAGGCGAUAUCCGCCCAGAGUGGGUGACCCAACAUAUGCCUCCCUUUGCCUGAUGACCUGAGGAUGGCCUAAGGCUCUGGGCCAGCCUCAGGCCUGUGUGUGUGUGUGUAUGUGUGUGUGUGUGUGUGUGUCUCCUCUACAGGUCUGCCUGGUCCCUGUGUCCCCUUUCUCCUUCUGCAGCCAGCAGACUGGAGGCCUCUGUCCAGGAUGGGUGUGAAGAUGAGAUGGGCUCACACUGCUCCAUCGCCCCUACCAACAGACCCCUCUUCCCUAAGGUCUCACCCACAAAUCCAGCUGUUCCUCUGGGGCUCCUCAGGGGCCCCAGUGUGAUGGGACAAGACUUGUCCAUCAGGGCAGACUUGGGUAGUCCAUGGAGGGCUUCCCAGAGGAGGUGACAACCUGGCUGAGUCCAUGAGGGCUCCCAGCUGGUGAUGCAGAGAGUUGGGUAGAGGUGCGGACGGUGGUUGGAGGGUGAGCCCUGGCUGCCUUCAUCCUUGUGGCAGCCCCAAACAUGGUCUGGCGCCUGGGCAGCCCCUGCCCUAGGUCCCCUGGAAGUGGAAUGAGGGCUGAACUUCACCCCCUCUUCCCUCCCUUCUACCGCAGACAACCCAGGCUGAGUGGGUACUGAGACCUGUGCGUGUUGAAGGUCUGUUUUAGAAAAAGAAUAUUCAAAAAUAGAAACCAGUGCAUUCACAUGAGGAAAGAAAUGAGAGAUUACAAAUGUUAAAGACUUGACCUUACAAUGCAAGAUCCAGACCAACGAUGUGCUUGUGGUGAUGUCCGAACGUGUUUCUGGACUGUGUGUUCUUCUGAACCCCCGGCUGCCGACUCUGAAAACCUCCAUUUGGAUGAGGGGCUUGACAUGGGGGGACAUACUCUCUACAGAAAACAGA